CACCGGUAGCGGUAGGGGCAGGGGUGCGGUCCCGGCAGCGCCGCUCCUCGGAGCCCGUUCUCUCCCUCGUCCGCCAUGACCACCACCACCACCUUCUCGGGCAUGGACCCCAGCGGCAGGAGCAGCUCCAGAGUGCUGCGUCCUCCGGGCGGGGGAUCCAACUUCUCCUUGGGCUUUGACGAGCCAGCAGAACAGCCUGUGCGAAGGAACAAGAUGGCAUCCAGCAUCUUUGGCACUCCUGAGGAAAACCCGCCUUCCUGGGCUAAACCGUCAGGGGCUAAGCCAGGUGAAAUCAGAGAAGACUCUGAAUUUUCUGGACCACAAAGGAGCAGCUCAACUGAAGCAAACUAUGGAGACACUGUAGAUCCCAAGGGAGGAGAUGUUGGCGGUGAAGCUUCUGGAAUCGCAGUAAGAACAGCCAACUUCCUGAUGGGAGGUGCUGACCAGUACUUCCUAAGUGUGACUUUCAGCAACCAGAAGUUGGGGAAGAUCACAAAGCCAUUAGCAGCUCCUGUCCUGAAAAGACUUCUGCUGGGAGGACUGGAGUUUCCCAGAAUGGUUUUAACGCCUCUGCAGUGGUAGCUGUGCCCAAAAUAAUCCUUGCUGCUGCAGGAGUCCAACAGCGCUGUGGCUUAUCAAACUGUAAAGGCUUCCUUACUAUUUCUUUCCCAUGUCUGUCUGAUCUUAAUUAGCACUGUAGGCACUCUGAGUUGAUGCCUCGAGGAGGUUUGAUAUCAGCAGUAACCUGAUCCGAGGGCUCUGCAGCUACUCUGGUAUUUGUUUAACUCGGCUCCCGGUGGGGUUGGGUGGGAGCCUGCGAGCAGCCCUGAGGGGACAGAGGCAGGGUGGGAGGAAGCCAAAGCAGCCCGAUGGAAACUUUCAGCACAGACUGGUAUUCCUGGCUCUUGGAACAAAUCCCUGUUUUCACUGGUAUCAUGUUUGCCGGCUUUUCGGUUGUUUCUGGUAGUGGCAGCGAAGGCAGUUCCUGUCUGGGACCGGGUAAAUGUGUGUGGGGAGGUGAUUUUAAAAAAGAAGCAAUACUGGAAAGUAAUAAGGGUUGUUUCCUGUUGUGGCUGUGACAAAAAAUUAAGUUUUUGAAGAUCAAGAUAAAACAAAAAGGCCAGGUGAACAUUUAGAUGUUAGAGCUGGUGCUUGGGAAGGAGUGCACAGUGUGGGGUGGCAGGCGGUGAACAGCCCACCCCUCGCCCUGUGAUUCCAGACUUGACGUGCAGAGCUGUCUCUGGGGUUUGAGGAGGGGUGGGUGCAUUCCCCUCCAGGUAAAAGUUGGCUGCUUACGAGUUCACAGCAUAACUGGAUUCUUUAGAUUUCCAUCAUUAAAAAAAGUUUGUUCUGAAUUUGGAAAUGACUUUCUGUACACAAUGGAUUAUAAACGCCAGGUGGGUGUUGGGAGGUAUGUGUGUUUGUUAAUCACGUCUGUGUAGGGGAAGAAAACAUGUUCCUCCUGCUGCCGUGUUUUUGCUUCCUGUUUAGAAGCUGCAGUUCCUUUCUGUGCAUCGCAGUUUCCAGUGUUUGCAGCACAAAGCUCUUUCAGAGAUUUUACUUCUUCAGAUAAGGGAAAGAGUUUAUCAUUUGCUCUGGUCCUGUUGCGUUUACCACUUCAGUUCUUAGAUGGGCUUGGAUCACGAGUGUAGUCCUUGAAUCGGAGGAAUCAGAAGGUUGUAGUGGAGGCAAAGAAGGAGCAGAGAGAGGUGAUGAGCAAGGUAGGGAGGUGCCCAGCUGCCUUGUGAGGAGAGGCUGGAGUAGCUGUGGCUGCAGCUGUAGAGAAGGAUUGGGGAGAGGGAAUAUGGCCGAUUUCUGCUACAUCAGGAAGGUAGCAGUGAGGGCAAAUGUGCAGCUGUUCCCCGUAUCCUCCAGAGCGAGAACUAGCGAUCGUUAGGUGAGGCUCAGCCUGCACAGGGCUGGCGGCGCACUCCGCUCCCUUCUUCCCGCCAGGUAUCGGGGCUGCUCGGUGCCGAUUUGGGCCUUUGGCUCAUGACUGAUGGCAUCAAUCCAUAAAGGUGUGAGGCACUAAUGUGCGUGCUGUGCUCCUGAACUCACAGCCGAUGAAGCAGGUACCUGGGUUAUUUGCUGCAGUAUCUAAAGUGCUUCCUGUGAAGAAUUCCUCCUGUGUUCUGUCUCCACUUGUGGUUGUCCAGAAGUAUCUAAAGUAGAUGGAACUGUUGUGCUCUCCAGGGAAUGUAUGUUCGGAGCCUACCCGUGCAUGUAUUCCCCUGUCUGUUCUGUGUGAAGCCUCAGAAGUGUCAGACAACUCUUCAAUCUCCUUAUGAAAUUGGGAAUGGGGUUGGAAUCCGAGUUGUCGCUUACAAGUCCCAGUGCUCCUGUACUUGGGCUCCAGCACCGGCUUGGACGAGAGACAUGAGCUUUUGCUGUAGUCACACAGAUGAAUAGGGACAAAACUU